AUGAUCUUCGUCGGCGUGCUUGGACUACUAUCCAUUGUAUCUUCCUGCAGUGGAAGCCCUACCCCUGAGCGUUCGCAGCUUGAGAAACGUCGAGAUAUACUAUCAACAAAUCAAAACCAGGCACACGGUGCCACUUCCUCUCAUAUUUACGAAGGUAGACCCGUCGUCAAGAUAUGGCCUAUCAACCCCGAGGCCAAAAGAGGAUCUACGGCACUCGAAGAUGUCACCGGGGCUACACCCCACGACGGAAGUUGGAAGAACAGCUUUCCUGGCCGUGAGGAUAUACUACACCACUGCGAGAAUACAGGAGAAGACGUAGUCUUAUACGGCCUUAAAGGGGUAUUCUGCAGCCUCGCCCGACUCUUCGGAAGCGAAAACCCGCAGGCUAUAAGAUCAAAGCCGAGGGAACCGGCGUCGCUAAACCCGAGAAGCAUAUCGUCGUUCAUCAGCAAACUCGGCGCUCUCUCCGGACUUACCCCCCCGAUACCACCACCAUCAAACAUCUACAACACCCCACCCACCUCCCUCUGCGACCUGCGGAUCAAAGAGACCUCCGCCCGCCAAACCGGCAGCGUCAGCGCGAGCAUCACGCUCUUCAACGAGAGCGGACGGCUCGCGCACCGCACGCGGGAGACGGAGAUGCGCACCGUUGACCUGGCGACCCGGGACACGGGGCUCGCGCACGGGCUGCGCGUCGCGUUUGCCCGGGACGGGGACGGGGAGAGGGGGGUGCAGCUUAGGUACGGCGCGGCGACGACGACGUACUCGGUUUGCAAGGCGGGCAGGUGGGUGCGUGGGAGGCGGAGGGUGGAUUGUCGGUUUGUUUGUGCGGGGGUGUAG